GGACGCGCCCCGCCCACUCCCUAAGCCCGACGACCAAUCAAAGCAGAGCGGCCUCCGGAUGUAAAUAGUGCCAGCUACAGCUAACAUAUAGCUAGCUAGCUACUUGUCGAGACAAGAUGGCAUUUACCUUAUACUCUCUUAUACAAGCAGCUAUUCUGUGCAUCAAUGCUGUCGCUGUACUACACGAAGAAAGAUUUCUAAGUAAAAUUGGCUGGGGAGUGGAUCAAAGUGUCGGGGGAUUUGGUGAUGAACCAGGCAUCAAAGUCCAGCUAAUGAAUCUUAUCCGCUCCGUCAGGACAGUCAUGAGAGUGCCGCUGAUCGCAGUGAAUUCAGUCUGCAUUGUACUGCUGCUUCUAUUUGGGUGAAGAAGUUUAAAAGCGGGGACGGGACAGAUGAGUCAGGACAUCUCCGUCACCUCAGGAACCACUGAAGAAGACACAAUGUCCCCUUCAGCCUGGAUAUGAAUGUUCUCUUUGUAUAUUUCUAUACAUGAGUUGUUGGAUGGUUUUGUUUUGUUUUUUUGUUAAGCUCUCUUUGCAGCCAAUAAGAGUGACAUCUCCCUUUCGUUUUGGAAAAAUAAAUAAAUAAAUAGCGAAUUGCUGAAUAGUUUGAACUUUUCAGACAGUAAGCAAAAAUAAAUAUUUUUACACUGUACUAGUAAAUUGGUGAGAGGAGCCGACUAUGAAACAGCUGUAAUUUAUACUCUGAAAAAUAUGUAAAAUAAUUGUGGAAUAAGUGAUUGU